GAUCUCAAGUAAUCUGCCCACCUUGGCCUCAAAGCCACACCGUCAGUGUGUUUCUUUAUGUCAAGCUUAGCUUUUAGGACCAGAGGGCUUUUUUCUCCAGGGGCCCUAAAUCAUCCUAGUCAGAACUUCCAGAUUUCCUUUCUUCCCACUCUGAUAGUGAAUAUUUUGACUGUUAUUGAUUUCCUUCUUCCUCUCCGACCAGGGCUCAGAAACACUUAUGGGAUUUUCUAAGCACAGAGGGUUCACUUCCUUAACAUCACCUGAAGGGACUCUAAGCGGAGCCUCUACCAAGCAACCAAGUAUUGACCAGGCUCUGGAUUCUGCCAGUGGUCUUGGCCCGGAUCAGACUGCAUCAGGAUCUGGUGGCGCAGCACACCCCUCUGAUGGGGUUACCAGUAGGGAACAAAGCAAGGUCCCCUCUGGUACUGGUAGACAGCAGCAGCCGAGGGCCCGUGAUGAAGCUGGCAUGCCACGACUCCAUCAGUCUUCUAUAUUCCAAUUCAAAUCAGACUCAGAUCGUCACAGGAGUAGAGAGAAGCUUACCUCGACAUAUCCAAGAAGAGAUGAACGAGAUGCAUGUCCUGGUCCAGUUCAACAGGACUUAACCUUGGCCAGAGACCAGCCCAGUAGGGUGCCCGCUAGCCAGAGUCAGGUCCAUCUAAGGCCAGAUCGUCGUGGGUUAGAACCAACUGGCAUGAAUCAGCCUGGAUUAGUGCCUGCUAGCACUUUCCCACAUGGUGUGGUACCCCUCAGCAUGGGUCAGCUUGGUGUGCCACCACCUGAGAUGGAUGAUCGGGAAUUGGUACCAUUUGCCAUGGAUGAGCAACGUAUGUUGCCACCAUCGGUACCUGGCAGAGACCAGCAAGGAUUGGAACUACCUGGUACGGACCAACAUGGUCUGGUUUCAGUCAGUGCAUAUCGGCAUGGUAUGACACUUCCCGGCACAGACCAACGCAGUAUGGAACCACUUGGCAUGGAUCAGCGUGGAUUUGUAAUAUCAGGCAUGGGUCGGCAAGGACUGGUACCCCCUAGUAUGGACCAGCAAGGACUGACAUUGCCUGUCAUAGAUCAACAUGGGCUGGUUCUACCUUUUACAGACCAGCAUGGUUUGGUAUCACCUGGUUUGAUGCCAAUUAGUGCAGAUCAGAAAGGUUUUGUGCAGCCCAGUUUGGAAGCAACUGGCUUCAUACAACCUGGCACAGAGCAGCAUGAUUUGAUCCAGUCUGGCAGAUUUCAGCAUGCUUUGGUGCAGCCUGGUGCAGAUCAGCCUGGCUUGGUCCAACCUGGUGCAGAUCAGCGUGGUUUGGUCCAACCUGGUGCAGAUCAGCGUGGUUUGGUCCAACCUGGUGCAGAUCAGCGUGGUUUGGUCCAACCUGGUGAAGUUCAGCGUGGUUUGGUCCAACGUGGAGAGGAUCAGCAUGGUUUGGUUCAACCUGGUACAGUUCAGCGUGGUUUGGUCCAACGUGGUGCAGAUCAGCGUGGUUUGGUCCAACCUGGUGCAGAUCAGCGUGGUUUGGUCCAACCUGGUGCAGAUCAGCGUGGUUUGGUCCAACCUGGUGCAGAUCAGCGUGGUUUGGUCCAACGUGGUGGUGGUGGUCCAACUGGUGCAGAUCAGCGUGGUUUGGUCCCUGGUGCAGAUCAGCGUGGUUUGGUCCAACCUGGUGCAGAUCAGCGUGGUUUGGUCCAACCUGGUGCAGAUCAGCGUGGUUUGGUCCAACCUGGUGCAGAUCAGCGUGGUUUGGUCCAACCUGGUGCAGAUCAGCAUGGUUUGGUCCAACGUGGAGAGGAUCAGCAUGGUUUGGUUCAACCUGGUGCAGUUCAGCGUGGUUUGGUACAACCUGGUACAGAUCAGCGUGGUUUGGUGCAACCUGGUGCAGAUCAGCCUGGUUUGGUCCAGCCUGGUGCAGGUCAACUUGGUAUGGUGCAGCCUGGAAUAGAUCAGCAAGGUUUGGUGCAACCUCAGGCAGAUCCACGUGGCUUGGUACAACCUGGUGCAUAUUUGCAUGAUUUGUCUCAACCUGGGACAUAUCCACGUGGUUCGGUGCAGCCUGGAAUGGAUCGAUAUGGUUUGAGACAACCUGGUGCCUAUCAGCCAGGCUUGAUAGCACCAGGUACAAAGCUUCGUGGCUCUUCAACAUUCCAGGCAGAUUCUACAGGUUUUAUACCAGUACGUCCAUAUCAACAUGGUAUGGUACCUCCUGGCAGAGAACAACAUGGCCAGGUGUCACCACUCCUAGCCAGUCAAGGUUUGGCAUCACCUGGUAUAGACCAAAGGAGUUUGAUACCACCAGAAACUUAUCAGCAAGGCUUGAUGCAUCCUGGCACAGACCAGCAUGGUCCAAUACCACCGAGUACGGGUUUGGGAUCUACACACCCAGAUCAACAGCGUUUGGCAUCACCGGGCCCAGGUGAGCACGACCAGGUGUACCCAGAUGCAGCUCAGCGUGGCUGUGCUUUCUCUCUCUCUGACAGUCGUGAUUCAAUGUAUCCUGGUUAUGGUGGCCCAGGGUACCUAAGUGCUGAUCAGCAUGGCCAGGAAGGUUUGGAUCCACACAGAACACAAGCCUUGGACCGACGUGGAAUUCCUGCCCAGAAGGCCUCAGGCCAAGAUGUUACCCUUUUCAGGAGUCCAGACUCGGUCGACCGAGUCCCAUCAGAAGGGAGCGAAGUCUCGAGUCAGCGACGUGAUUCACUGUAUAAAAUGAGUUCUAGUUUCCCCACGGCAGUGGAGACAUUUCGUCUGAUGGGAGAGCUCAGUAGCCUCUAUGUGGGGCUAAAGGAGAGUAUGAAGGAUCUGGAUGAGGAGGAGGCCGGCCAAACCGACUUGGAGAAGAUCCAGUUCCUGCUGGCACAGAUGGUCAAAAGGACCAUACCUCCUGAACUGCAGGAGCAGCUGAAGACCGUAAAGACGCUAGCCAAAGAAGUUUGGCAGGAAAAAGCAAAAGUGGAAAGGCUGCAAAGGAUCCUGGAGUGGGAAGGGAAUCAAGAAGCAGGGAAGGAACUGAAAGCCGGAGAGCUGAGAUUGCAGCUGGCUGUCCUCAGAGUCACCGUGGCUGACAUCGAGAAGGAGCUGGCCGAGUUGAGGGAGAGCCAAGACAGGGGCAAGGCUGCCAUGGAAAAUUCUGUCUCCGAAGCCUCCCUUUACCUGCAGGACCAGUUGGACAAGCUCAGGAUGAUCAUUGAGAGCAUGCUGACCUCCUCCUCCACGCUCCUGUCCAUGAGCAUGGCCCCACGCAAGGCCCACACCUUGGCUCCUGGCCAGAUCGACCCUGAGGCCACCUGUCCAGCCUGCAGCCUGGAUGUGAGCCAUCAAGUCAGCAUGCUGGUGCAGCGCUACGAGCAACUCCAAGACAUGGUCAACAGCCUGGCCAUCUCCCGACCCUCCAAGAAGGCCAAGCUCCAGAGACAGGACGAGGAACUGCUGGGCCGCGUGCAGAGUGCCAUCUUGCAGGUGCAGGGCGACUGCGAGAAGCUCAACAUCACCACCAGCAACCUCAUCGAGGACCAUCAGCAGAAACAGAAGGACAUUGCUAUGCUGUACCAGGGUCUGGAGAAGCUCGAAAAGGAAAAGGCCAACAGGGAGCACCUGGAGAUGGAGAUCGAUGUGAAAGCCGACAAGAGUGCUCUGGCCACCAAAGUGAGCCGUAUCCAGUUUGAUGCCACCACGGAGCAGCUGAACCACAUGAUGCAGGAGCUGGUGGCCAAGAUGAGCGGGCAGGAGCAGGACUGGCAGAAGAUGCUGGACAAGCUGCUCACAGAGAUGGACAACAAGCUGGACCGCCUGGAGCUGGACCCAGUGAAGCAGUUGCUGGAGGAUCGGUGGAAAUCGCUGCGACAGCAGCUCAGGGAGCGCCCCCCACUCUACCAGGCAGACGAGGCGGCUGCCAUGCGGAGGCAGCUCCUGGCACAUUUCCACUGCCUCUCAUGUGACCGGCCCUUGGAGACACCUGUGACUGGACAUGCCAUCCCCGUGACCCCCGCGGGUCCAGGCCUACCUGGGCACCAUUCCCUCCGCCCCUACACGGUGUUCGAACUGGAGCAGGUCCGGCAGCAUAGCCGCAACCUCAAGCUGGGCAGUGCCUUCCCUCGGGGUGACCUGGCGCAGAUGGAACAGAGCGUGGGGCGCCUGCGCUCCAUGCACUCCAAGAUGCUGAUGAACAUCGAGAAGGUGCAGAUCCACUUCGGGGGCUCCGCCAAGGCCAGCAGCCAGAUAAUCCGCGAGCUGCUGCACACCCAGUGCCUGGGCUCCCCCUGCUACAAACGGGUGACAGAUAUGGCUGAUUACACCUACUCAACUGUGCCCCGGCACUGCGGGGGCAGCCACACCCUCACCUACCCCUACCACCGCAGCCGCCCGCAGCACCUACCCCGAGGCCUGUAUCCCACUGAAGAGAUCCAGAUUGCCAUGAAGUGUGGUGAGGUGGACAUCUUGGGCCUGGAUGGCCACAUUUACAAGGGACGGAUGGACACAAGGCUGCCGGGCAUCCUCCGCAAAGACAGCUCAGGGACCUCAAAGUGCAAGUCCCAGCAGCCCAGGCCCCACGAGCACAGGCUGCCAUCCCUCGGUGGCAAUGGUCAGCUGCCCUCUCGGCCACAGAUCACCCAGAUGUCGGCUGGCAACCCCUCAGUUUCUUCGCAUCAACAGAAAGACAGACCUUCCUCCGAGGGCCGUCUCUCCCAGCCGAACACAGCCCACCCGCCCAGCUCUGCCGCGGUGGCAAACACCAGGCUGGAGAGGCACAUGGACAUGCUUCCUGGGGAGGGGCUCGAGGAGCCCACGCGGGGGCCGCGGUCCAGCACUGCUCAGUGAGCGGAGGUGUAAAUAAACGUUCAGGAGGAAGUUUAGGUUCGGCGAAUCUUCUCUGACAGUCCUGGCUCAGGAAGAUGCAGGGAGAGGGAAGUACCCGCUGCUGGCCAGGCAGCCCCCGACGUGCCUCCAGACCACCCCCAGGCCCGCCCACUCGGUAGACCUUCUAAUGGACAGUGGGUCUGGUUUGUAGCCUGAAAUUGAGUCCUCAGCUUCCAUUCUCCAAGGGCGCCAGGGCUUCGGGAGGGCUGGACACUGCACUGGGGACAGGGAGACUCCUGGCCCCGGGACCAGCUGGGCGGGCACUCACCCCACCAGCUCUCUCCUGGCCUCAGCUAGAUCCGGGGUGCUCUGCCUUCUGGCUCUAGACCCACCUUCUAGCCUGGGGGGCUGGGGCCCGUGCUGUCAGUGUCCAGCACUCUGGGGGUGAUGGUGGCAGCUGCCUGCUGUGCUCUUGCUGCUGGCUCAGGGUGGUUCCUGACCCCUGGCGUGGGAUUCCGGGGAAGCAGUGCCAGUGGCUGGAGGCGAACCCCUGCAGCCGGCAGGGCAGGUUUCUGUUUGCUGCCCUCCGCUGCUCUCCCUUGAGUGGGCUGCUGCAGAGACAGCCGGGGCCUGAAGGCUCAGACCAGGGGCUGCUGUGGCUGUGACCCAGUUUCCCCAUUCCCCUCCUAGAAAAAGACAUCCAGGCGGUGGGUGGAGAGGUGGUGCGAGCCUGGCACUUGUUGCUUGUGAUUUGCUUCCCUCUGCCCUAGCCCCGACACCUGCAGGCAAGGGACUCGCUAAACGUCUUGGAAGGCGAGGGGACAGAGGAGUGCAGGUGGGACUGAGCUCGGGCUGGUGCAGCAACUGCUGGAGACGAGCCCCCAUCACUGCUGCAACCCACUUGAAGCUCCUGGGACCAAGGAGACCCCUGACCUCCUGAGCUUGGGCUCCAGCCAGAUUCUAGGGGUGCCCCAGUAGAUGAGAGUGGCCCCCCCCCCCGGAGGUUUAUAAAGCCCUGAGGUCACCAAAGCCUUUCUGCCUCAGAGGCUCCCUCCUCAGAGAAAAGGAAGUGCUCAGAGUUGACAAAGGGGGCUCCCCCCACCCCCAGUUCCCAUCUCCCCAGCAUGGGAAAGGGAUGUCUGGGGCAAGAGGCCCGCUUUGGGGUGUGAGGAGACAAUAUCACACAGGAAAGGAAAAUGUGGCGAGAAACAGCCCAGAAACAGGCUUCUGGCUCCUGACCCCGGCGUGGGCAAAGCGGGGCAGGCUUGCCUGGGUCGGGUGGCCGCUCCCUCCUGGCCUGCUCUGCGGAGACCCAGGGAGUCUUCAUGUGAUGAUGUCAUGCUCAGAGCUGCACAGAAGAGAGGAGCUGCUCAGACAGCGGAGCCCCGGGCGGGCACCCCUGGGCCCCAGCCCCUUUCUCCCCAGGCAGGAGGCAGAGGCAGGGCCGCCCCUCCCCCGCUCCAGCUGGGCUUCUGUUGCUCUUGGGCCCCACCCUGGCUGUGAAAUGUCAGAAGGUCGGCUCAGUGUCCUGGGUCUAGAAGCCAAAUUCACCAGCUUGGCAGGGAGGCGCAGCCCAGCCCUCCUCACCCAGGCCUUCCCCACGCCCACAGAAGGUCCCAGAGCGACAUUCCCUAAGCCAGCCAGGCCAACCCCCGACCAUUCCCGCACCUGGGCACGGCCCACACCUGGGUGGACCCCGGCUCAGGCCCAGGAGGCCUGGGGACGUCACAUCCUAACCACCCACGUGCUGAGAGGGGCUGCCCCUUCCAGCCUGGGAAAGCACAGGUGGGCAGGGGCGGGGGAGGGGGAGGAGUCUCAGGGGUUUCCAACCAGGAAACAAAACUGAAAGGACGAACCCAGCUUCCAAGCACGUCCGUGUCACACGCAGAAGUGGAGGGGCAGCGAGACCCACCGUUCCGCUCCACUGGAGGAGGGGCUGCCCCACCGUGUUGAGGGGCCCGAGGAGGCAGGAUGCGGUGGGUGCCAGGCCCGGCCCCUCUCGACUCACUUCACUUCCGGCCUGAACCUCCAGUACCUUUGUCCUGCCUGUGUUCCAGCAGGACUUGGGCCCUGUAGACCCCAGCAGAGGGUAAGGCGGGAGGACGGGACAGGAAGGGGCUGCCGGGACAGUGUGUGGUGGCGAAGGGCAGGGCUGGAGGAGGAAUCCCAGCCACGCCGCCAUCACCCCUAUCAGCCAGGUAGACAGGCUCCCCACGCAGCUGACCUCCUACGCAGCAGGACCACCUGAGGACAAGCUGCUGGGUCAGGAACUGGUAGCCUCACCCCAUGCUGACGCCUGCAGGGCUUCGGGGAAGGGGGAAUGGAAGCAGGCCCCUCUGGGGACCCGCCAGCCUUAAUUGAACUUUGGCCCACUCCACGGGCCAUGACCCAAAGGGGACAUACUACCCUGGGAAGCUGAGGGGAGGAAUAUCGGAGAUGAGCUCAGCUGGAAGAUGCCUCCUGGGAGGGCCUGGGGAGCCAGCUAGAAGGAAGCUCUCCCCACCGCAGAUAGAAAUGGCUUCCAGCUCUUCUCACUAGGGCUCUGUGGGUGGGGGCUACACCGAUGGGGCCAAGAAGGGAAGGUCACAGAAACUCAGGACGGACCCUGGCCCCUUCCCCCUCCCCCCACCAACCUGGACCGUGCUGUCAGAGCCCCUGAUGUGACCAUCCCACAGCAAAAAACAUCCAGACCAGCCCAGUGGCAAGGGACCUCCACCACCCCUCUUCCGAGGAGAUCGCUUUUCCCACCAACGGAAAUAAAAGCACCGCAAACCAGGGAAGUUA